GGUAUUACUGGUGUACUUUAUGUCGUAGAAUGAAACGGGAAAAUAUUUUGAGCUUGUGUUCACCGCAGACCUUAUUUCAGGCUAACCAAAAUCACAUUCUUAAUAAAAACUCACUGACUUCGGGACGAUGGAACAGGAAGAAAAAAAAGGACGAAUUCAUAAACUGUUACAGAGAGACGAAUCUGCGGUUCAAGCAGCCUGCAGGUGAAUAAAUGUAGAUGUGAGGACGCGAUUAGCGGCUUACAGACAUGAACGGAAGCUGUAAUGCGGUACUGGAUAAAGAGGAACAUGUUUUAAAGCUGGGAGAGAGCUUCGAGAAGAAAGCCAAGUCCUCCUUCCACACCAUCAGAUAUGAUUUUAAGCCGGCUUCCAUCGACACGUCGUGCGAAGGAGAGCUGCAGGUGGGAAAAGGAGACGAGGUCACCAUUACGCUCCCACACAUACCGGGUUCGACGCCUCCCAUGACGGUCUUCAAAGGCAACAAACGGCCGUAUCAGAAAGACUGUGUCCUGAUCAUCAACCACGACACCGGCGAAUUUGUGUUGGAGAAGCUGAGCAGCAGCAUUCAGGUCAAGAAGACCAGAGCCGAGGGCAGCAGUAAGAUCCAGGCUCGGAUCGAGCAGCAGUCGGUGAGAGCCAGUCAGCCUACGUCUCAGUUCCGAACUCCCACUAAACCCAUCGUCGGGGUGAAGACGUCACCGAGUAAAGACAACCCGUCUCCUGAACCCCAGCUGGAUGACAUCAAGAGAGAGCUGCGGGCGGAGGUGGAGAUCAUUGAGCAGAUGAGCAGCAGUGGGAGCAGCAGCUCCUCAGACUCGGGCAGUUGUUCAGGCAGCGGAGACGACGACAGCUCCAGCAGUGACGGAGAGCAGGAGAGCGCAAACCUCCAGCUGUCCCCCAGCCGAGAGCCUCCAAGCAACGGCACUGAGAAAUCGCAGGGCAACAACCAGCUAAUGAACACGCUGAGAAACGAUCUGCAGCUGAGCGAAUCAGGCAGCGACAGCGAUGACGACUGAUGUCUUCUCAUCAUCCCUCGGUCGUCGCUUAUUUUCCCUCAACAUCGUGACAAGCUGCCUGUGCUUUUUAUAUAGAGCAGAAGUUCUAGUUUUAUUAAGAUUAUUUUUAUUUAAUUAAAAUAUAUUUUAAGGCUUGUUGCAGGAUAAAAAAAAAAAGCAUAGUGUGAAAAAGCAUUCAUAUACACCGUAUGUAUUACAGUUUGGCUUGAUUUUGGUAACGCAUGUCCAUAUUCUGCCAAACGAAGGUCAAAAAGGGGCGCAGCUUCGAGUUUCAAUGUGAUGGUCUAACCACUAGCUUGUCUUUUCAUUCCUUGAGCUCAAUGUAGUGUUUAGCAUGAAAUAAUGCGUUCAGUUACACAACGUAUUUUGGUUGUGAUGUCGUACUAUCACGAUACUAUUUGUAAUCACGAUCAGGCACGAUUAACUUAAGCACCACUUCUGUGGAAGACCGGGAAGAUUCUCCACCAGGGGGCGAUGUCCAUAGGCUACAUGUCCACUGUGCGCACCGGGAGUAGCGAAUAAAAAAUGCGCUGUGGGAUUGUGAGCGGCGAGAGCUUUUGGGGGAAAUAUCUGUUUUGUUUUUGUUAUGCGAAUUACCACAUAACGGCGACUAAUCGAACAAACGACAACUUUUUAUCAUUGUGUAUGUUCACGUCAUACCACUUGCGCAUAUUUCCGUCACGAAAAUAUUUUUAGAACCAAGUUAUCUUGUCAUUUAUUCGAAAAACACAUUUUCAGUUUCUGUGUUGUAAACAGACACGCCCCCUCAAGAGACGUGACACUCACAAAGAGAAGGAAGGAAGGAAGGGAGAUAUUCACGGCGUGUUCAGUGGACAUUUAGUCGUAGGUUCGCUUAAAUUCUACGUAAACACCUCGUGCGAGUCAAGUUUCCGGAAUUUGUUUUUGUUUGUUUUGUUUGUGUAUUUUGCUGUCAUUUCGUAACGCCACUAUGCUGUGAACUUCACACCUGUCACGACGCGCCCUCGCCGUUCAUCUGCACUCAUGAAGUUCAUCCGAAGCUGCUUAGAACAGAGGCAAAAAAAAGGGUCACAUGACACGACAGUUGCUUCUUCUGUAUAGACAAAGAAGGAAAUAUAUGAAUCAAACAGCGUAACUGUAAAAAAAUAAAUAAAAUUUAAAAAAAAAAAAAAAAAAAGGAUUUUAGCCUUAAUUGUAGCUAUGUGUAGAGAUUUUUAACUUAAAUGCUGAUUAACAUGGGUUCGAACAUUCGCUCAAGACUAAGAGUCAAGGUCAGUAUUAUGAAAUAUGAAUGCUUUUUGCUCUCCGAGUGUGAUGUUAAAACCGCAGUGUUCUUUCUUUCCCGUGACCGUGUGAAUAGAGCAAUAAAGAGCUGUUUUCUGAAA